AUGAGCAAUAUCCCUACUAAUCUCAAGAAGAAAGGAGUAUAUGGACUUGCUGAGAUGUCAACAACCACCGCCACGACCGUCAUGCAGGAGCCCAGCUCUCAGUUCCGCGGCGACGGUAAAACAUGGGACGGGUCAAUAGUCAAGGUCAAAACCUCACCAGAUGCUUCUAAGCAUAGAGGCAACGACGUCAGCUCAUCUGUCAAUUAUGGCGGUCAUCAGAAGGUGAAAAAGAGAAUCAAGUUUGGUAUGGCCCUUCCUCAGUUUCCUCAAUUAAACCCCAUGUGA